AAAAUGACUGCCAUAAUGAAAUUGAAAGUACUGCAGGGACACUUGCAGGAGGUGAAUGGGUUUGAGAAGCCUAAGAUUGUGUAUGAACAGUAUGAAACUCCACCCCAUAUUGCAGCUGUUGCCCUUUACACUAUACAGACUCAAUAUGGCGACAUAGAGGAUAAACUAAUAUUGGAUGCAGGCUGUGGCCCUGGUAUCCUAGGCAUAGGGGCGUCGUUGCUGGGAGCAGGUUGUGUCACUGCAGUGGAUGUUGACCAUGAUGCACUCGACAUCCUUCAUGAUAACACAAAAGAAAUAGAACUCACCAAUAUUGACGCCAUUCAAUGUGACUUCCUCACUCAAACUUGCAGAUGGGAUAAAUAUUUUGACACUGUGUUAAUGAAUCCACCAUUUGGGACCAAAAACAAUGUGGGCAUUGACAUGAAGUUCCUGCAGAUGGGAGUCCAGUGCAGCAGUGGUGCAGUUUACUCUCUACACAAGUCUUCUACCAGGUCUCAUAUAGAGAAGAAAAUCAAGGAAUGGGGGUUAAACGGGAGUGUUAUAGCCGAACUACGGUACGACCUGCCAGCUACUUACAAAUUCCAUCGCAAGCAAUCGCUAGACAUCGCCGUCGACCUGUGGCGGAUACAUCAUACACGCAAAUAGAAUGUUUAUACUAUGGUUAUACAUACUUUUUAUACAUAAUGAAAUUUCAAAUGGAAUGAAGCUAUAAGUGAUGUAAAGAUUUAUACUUAUAAAUAAUAUUGAUUGUAAAAAGGCAUUAUUAUGGAAUAAUAAUCAUACAUUUAAUGAACAUGCAUCUACCCUAAACGUUUCUGGGCGCGUCUUUAUUAAAUGUAUGAAGUAAAAGAAAAUAAAAAUCAGUACUAUUAAAAA